GACACUGGGCACGCGCCACCGUCUCUUGCUUGGAGAUGCGCGUCAGGGGAGAACGAGAGCCAAUCUGCUUCAGCACGUAGACGAUCGUAAUUCAGAAAGCCCCCGUCUCGCGCUCCCAUUCCCCUCAGAGCACCCUUCUGCUGACUCAGUGCCUUAAAGCACUCGGUUUCUCGCCACCGAACGGAACUGCGACGCGCGCUCAGACACCACAGACCGUCACCGCACCGACAACAGCAGACAUGGCUAAAACUGCAAUCGCCUACAAAGAGAAGAUGAAGGAGCUGUCCCUCAUCAACCUCAUCUGUUCCUGUUUCCACACGGAGGCCAAAAACAACCUGAUUGGCCAGUUUGAAGCAGACAUGGAGGUGAAGCCCAUUAACAAGCGAGCCUCAGGGCAGGCGUUUGAGGUGAUUCUGAAGUCGCCCUCCCCCACCUCCGAUGGCAACUACAGCAUCAGCACCCCACCCAAGAAGAGGGACCUCUCCCUGGAGGACAUCCAGAAGAAGCUGGAGGCUGCAGAGGACCGGAGGAGAUCCCAGGAGGCGCAGGUCCUGAAGGCUCUGGCAGAGAAGCGUGAGCAUGAACGCGACGUGCUCCUCAAGGCCAUGGAGGAGAACAGCAACUUCAGCCGGAUGGCCGAGGAGAAGCUGUCCGUCAAGAUGGAGCAGAUCCGCGAGAACAGGGAGGCCUACCUGGCAGCCAUGAUGGAACGCCUCCAGGAGAAGGAGAGGCAUGCCCAGGUGGUUCGCAGGAACAAGGAGCUGAGGGAAGAGCUGACAGCAUGAACACCCCCUCACCACCACCACCACUACUCCACACACAAACACACACACACACACACACACACACACACACACCUUCCCCUCCUCGCUGCAGCCUGAAGAAAAGCCUUGGACACCGCGAGGGAGUCUCCACCGGCCCACGUGACCUAAUCAUGACCCCCAUAGGCCCCGCCCCCUGCCCAUGUGACCUCAUCAUGACCCCCAUAAGCCCCACCCCUUGCUCUUUGACCUGCGUCACCAUACCAACAGCAUUAUAUGCCAACAGCGCUAAAACAUAAAAGAGUUCCUCCUACGAUGACUACGACAUGCCCCACUCCCCCAACCAACAAAUGUUUUCGCUCGAUUUUGAAAAAAAAAAAAAAGUACACAAAAGUGAAAAGUGGGUUUUGUUUUUUUUGUAAAUACUUCCUUCUUUGUUAUAUAUGGGAUGAUGAAAAGUAUUGCGGUGUGCCAUUUUAUAAUUUCCCCCAUCUCUCUCUCUCUCUCUCUCUCUCCC